AUGGGCUACGAAGAGUUGUUUGAGUUUUCUGGGUCGAUGUUCCCCCCCCCUCCUAGACACAGGUCUAGGAUCAGUAUACCCUCCCCAAAUCCUUACCUUCACCAUUAGGGAGUACAUAGAAAUCCUGUCCUCAGUGUUUCUAGGGGCAUCCCACUCCCGAUUAGCUAAUCUGGACAAUUAGGGGUGAAGUGAUACAGUACAUAUUUCAGUACAGUAUGUGUAUCAACAUGGCUUGUGUUAAACAAGUCAGCCAAAGAAGGUGACCGUUAACUUUAAUCUGUUCUAAAUUAAAUGACCUGCAGCUCUUCCUAUUACAAUACAGUAUGCUCAUUUUAAUGUCUAUAUCCAUCCAGAUCUGACUUUCAUACUGAAAGUCCAUCAUGGUAAAAUGCUGUUUUUCUGUGCCUUACAACCAGAAAAUAUUUGCGGAAAAUGUUUUUUCUAAGGUAUUUUAUGUUUUCUAAUUUAAGAAGCUGAAUGUUAAUAGAACACCAUUUAUAUGUAUGUAUAGCUUGUGUAUAUAUAUUUUGUAUAUACUGUGCAUAUUCUUUUGAGUUGCACACUGUAAAACAGUGAGAACAUCUAUGGUUGAGAAAUGUAGUUACUAGCAGAUAAUUGAUAACGAGAAACUGUAUAUUUAACACAAAACCAGAGAGCUAUAAUCACAACAUGCAUACUGUACAUACCUAAUUUGUAAGGGUGAAAAUAUGUACAAUAAACUUUGUAUAAUAACGCAGACUGAGUGAAUCUAAAUCACACUUUUUUUUUUAUUCAUGUUUAUGUUACUUUAAUAUUACUCUGUACAUACUUUCCAUUUGUAUUAUUAUUAAUUUAUUCAUUCAGGGGAAAACCCAUUGAGACCAUGGUCUCAUUCCGGAGGGUGCCCUGAUCACAAUAACCACUACAAUGUAAAAAAAAAAAAAAAUAAUCAAUACAAAACACCAAAUUUAUGAAAAACAGUUACAGUCCUCAACUACUAGGUCCUCAAUUAACAGCCGAAACAAAAAAAGUAAUCUAGUUAAUCAUAGAAAUUGCUGUGAUUAAUCGCUAUUUGCACAAAUUAAGAUGUAAUUCAAGAUUUUCCAUACAAAAAAACAAGAAUAUUGACGUCUUGAUUUUGUCUAAAGUAACGGUUAGCAAAAUUAUUGUACAUUGAGGAAGCACACUUUCUAACUUAUUUUUACAUUGCAUUGUUGUUUUUAGCUGUAUAGAUUAUGUAUUUGGGAUGUUUUCAGUGUAUUUUGAAGGCUUUCAGACAAUGUGAUUAAUUACGAUAAAACUAAAAAGUGGACAAAAAUUACAAAAAGUUAACUGAUUAACUCUGACAGCCCUAAUAAUAACAUAUUCCAUUUAGCAGUCACUUUAAUCCAAAGCAAUUUAUAGUCAUACAUUUCCUAUGGGUGGCCCCAGUGGGAAUCAAACCCAUGAUCCUGGCAUUGCAAGCGCCAAGCUCUACCACUACCAACUGAGUCACGCAGGACCACAUACUGUGAUACCUUAACCAGCCUUCUCCUAAAGAAUGCAUUUGUCAGGAGUUUAAAUCAAAACGGAGAUUUGAUGUCUCCUAAAAUACCACAUUUUUUAUUUGUAUAUUGACUUGUUUCAACAAGGAAAUGUGUGUAUGAGUGGUCUGAGGCGGUCAUAGAAUUCAAUAACACAUUUCUGAUAAGAAAGAAUGAUGAAUGCCAAUCAUCUUACGGCCACUAUAAGCACCAAUCUGUGCACACACACAGUUAGUGAAUGAGACCCAAUAUCUUUCUGUUUUGUAAUGUUGUACCAAUGUAUAUGCAUCAUAAUAUUAUUGACAUUAUAAUAUUAAAUACAAUUCAUAAUUAAUAUUUCAUUGUUAUCUUAAUUAAUAAAAUAAUAAUGUAUUUAAUUAAAUUCCUUGUCUGUAACAGGUGUGAGGUAGACUUCGACGAGUGUGUGUUAAACCCCUGUGAAAACGGAGGCUAUUGCCAAAACCUCCCCAAUGUCUUCCACUGUGAGUGUGGGAUCAACUUCUCGGGCGACCAGUGCACGAUUGACUGCAACGACUUCUACUUGUACCUGGGCCUGGUGCAGUUGCAAUUCAUGCUCCAGCUAAUUUCCUACCUCAUCCUGCACAUCGAUGAUGGCCCAGAGAUAGACUGGGAACACCAGCAGAUGGACAGCGACGAGGAGCCCAUUGGGGCCAACAUGGAUGACUAG